AUGGGCCUAUUAUCCAACGGAACACCAUUAACUUGGGAUGAGAUUAAAGAGUAUGUUGCUUCUAUUAAAAGCCAAGGAAUUCGCCAGUUUAUUGCAAUCUAUCAUCGAUUGCUCAAGCGUCAAAAUGACAUGCUAAAAUGGGGCGAUGAGAUUGAAUAUAUGGUUGUUAAAUUUGAUCAUAAAAAUAAUACUGCAAGAUUGUACUGCGAAGCCGAUCAAUAUCUUGAUGUAUUACAAGAAUUGGAAAGAGAAAAUCCCAGCGCCAAUCCUACCGCGUGGAGACCGGAGUAUGCUAGCUAUAUGCUGGAAGCUACACCUGGGCAACCGUAUUUAAAUGAGCUAACACAAAUUAAUACCGUUGAAGCUAAUAUGAAACGAAGACGUCGUGAAAUUACCGAAUUACUCCAUGAAGAUAUUAUCCCUAUGACUCUAACUGCCUUUCCCAGAUUGGGUUGCCCAGAUUUUACUCAUCCUGUUUACAAACCUGACAUAACUGAAAAUUCUUCUUCUCGAUCUCUCUUUUUCCCAGAGAAAGCUAUUAACUCACACCCUCGGUUUAAGUACUUAACUCGAAAUAUACGUCUCCGUCGGGGAUCUAAAAUAGCUAUCAAUGUGCCAGUGUUUCAUGACGUUAAUACUCCGAAACCUUUCGUAGAACAUCUCCAGUAUGGUGAAGAGGCUGUUGAUGGUAAAGAAGAUCAUAUAUACUUAGAUGCAAUGGGGCAUGGUAUGGGAUGUUCUUGUCUGCAAGUGACAUUCCAAGCUUGUAGUAUUGAUGAGGCUAGACUGUUGUAUGAUCAACUUUGUCCUAUAUGCCCAAUUGUGUUGGCAUUAUCAGCUGCAUCACCUAUAUAUCGUGGCUUCUUGGCUGAUGUAGAUUGUAGAUGGAAUAUCAUUGUAGGUUCUGUCGAUGAUAGAACUAAAGAAGAACGCGGUUUAGAACCACUUAAAAAUAACAAACAUCGAAUACCGAAGUCUCGAUAUGAUUCUGUAGAUUAUUAUCUGUGUCCAGAAGGACAAGCGUAUAACGACAUUGAAUUAGUUUACGAUAAAGAAUUUUGUGAGCAGCUAGAGAAGGCUGGUGUGGACUCAAUAUUAGCUCAUCAUGUUGCUCACUUAUUUAUCCGCGAACCUGUCUCGGUCUUCAAAGAAUUACUAGAACAAGAUGAUGUAAAAGAUUCCGAUCACUUUGAGAAUAUACAAUCUACAAAUUGGCAAACGAUGCGCUUUAAGCCUCCACCACCAAAUUCUGAUAUCGGUUGGAGAGUAGAAUUUAGACCAUGUGAAGUUCAGCUAACGGAAUUCGAGAAUGCUGCUUUUGCAGCGUUUAUUGUUUUACUAACCCGAGUUAUCCUAACAUAUGGACUAAAUUUUUAUAUGCCAAUGUCAAAGGUCGAUGAAAAUAUGCAAACAGCACAAAAGAGAGAUGCAGUUCGUAAUGGCAUGUUUUAUUUCAGGAAAGAUCUUGGAAAAGGUAAACGAUUUCGAAUUACGACAUAUUUAAAUAAUAGCCCACCAGACGAAAGCGAAUAUGAACUUAUGUCGAUUAAUACGAUUAUUAACGGGAAGGCUGACGGCUUUCCUGGUCUUGUUCCUUUGAUAAAUGACUAUUUGGCUAGUUUAUCUAUUGAUUUUAACACUCGGUGCUCAUUAUAUAGAUAUUUAUCGUUAAUUCAAAAGAGAGCUUCUGGUGAGCUAAAGACAACAGCUAAGUGGAUGAGAGAUUUUGUAGCUAGUCAUCCGGACUAUAAAAAAGAUUCUGUCGUCUCUGAAAAGAUUAAUUACGAUUUACUGUACGCGUGUAACGAAAUAGUACAGGGCAAACGUCAAGAAUCAGAUUUUAUUGACAAUAUGGAAUCGAAAACUAUAGAUAGUUUUUCUACUACAUAA